CAUAUUACUUUCAAGAGUUUUAUGAGUAACUGUGCUAAAUAUUCUGGGGAAGCCUUAAGCUUCAUUGUUGAAGCGAAGUGUUCCGUUACAAAAGCGCGAGUUGCAAAUCUUAUCCUUCCGCAUUGCCCUGUUGGUAAGUUAUACACUCCAGUAUUUAUGCCUGUGGGAACAGCUGCAACUUUGAAAGGAGUUCUAACUGAACAGUUGAAGACGUUGGGAUGCGAAAUAAUGCUAAGCAACACCUAUCAUUUAGGAAUAAGGCCAGGCGCAGAUACUGUUGAGCGUGCUGGUGGUGUGCAUAAGCUUAUGAAUUGGGAACGCAGUGUUCUCACCGAUAGCGGAGGUUUCCAAAUGGUAUCUCUAAGCAAGCUUUCAAGCGUUGAUGAAAACGGAGUUUUGUUUCAAUCUCCUUACAGUAGCGGCGAAAAGAAAAGCAAUCAACCUAUAGCUGAAUAUGUUGACGGAGGAACAGAACAAAAUGAUAUGCUGCUCAUGACGCCUGAAAAAAGCAUUCAGAUUCAGAAUCAACUUGGAGCUGAUAUAAUUAUGCAAUUAGACGACGUUGUUCAUGUGUUGACUGAAGGCGAGAGAGUAGAGGAAGCAAUGUGGCGAUCAAUCAGGUGGCUUGAUCGUUGUAUUGCAGCACAUAAAAAUACUGAACGACAAAAUUUGUUCGCUAUCAUACAAGGUGGUCUGCAACACGAACUUCGAAAGAUCUGUUGCGCUGAGAUGAUGAAACGAGAUAAGAAUGUUCCUGGCUAUGCAAUUGGCGGUCUUAGCGGAGGCGAGGAGAAACAGGAUUUCUGGCGCGUGGUGUCGCUAUGCACAGACCUGUUACCAGAAAACAAGCCGAGGUACUGCAUGGGUGUAGGUUACGCAGUAGAUCUAGUGGUAUGUGUUGCACUUGGUGUUGACAUGUUUGAUUGUGUUUUUCCAACAAGGACAGCUCGUUUUGGCACUGCUUUAGUUAAAAAAGGCGGAUCUCUGAAAUUAACUCAGGAAAUCUUCAAGUUUGACUUUUCUCCAAUCGAAGACGACUGCCCUUGCUGUACAUGUAAGAGGUUCUCACGCUCUUAUCUGAACGAACUUAUUAGUCAGCCGAACUCAUGCGCUGCAUCGCUGCUCUCCAUUCACAAUGUGGCUUUUCAGCUGCAGCUCAUGGAGAAUGUUCGCAGUGCAAUUAUCUCAGAUACAUUUCCAAAUUUUAUUAAAAGUUUCAUUCAGCUGCAGUUCCCUAAAGGUGAUUAUCCUGUUUGGGUUACAGAAGCUCUAUCAUCUGUUGGAGUUGACGUGAAAUGAUUUUUUGUGAGUCUUAUUGAAAAUAUUGUUUUGAGCUAUCACAUAUUAUACUACGCUUCCGAUUGGCCAGCGUUAUCAAAUCGG